AUGAUUUUGCUGAGCAGCUUCUUGCACCUUCGGCCUCGGCGCUGCGGCCCCUUCGCAGGGCUGGGCAGGGGGCUCAGCCCCACAGCGGGGUCCAGCCGGGCUUUGCGGGUGCUGGUGGACAUGGACGGGGUGCUGGCUGACUUCGAGGGAGGCUUCCUCAAGAAGUUCAGGGCCAGGUACCCCGACAAGCCCUACAUUGCCCUCGAGGACCGGAGGGGCUUCUGGGUGUCAGAACAAUACGGGCGCCUGGGACGUGAGCUGAGUGAGAAAGCCAUCAGCAUCUGGGAAUCCAAAAACUUCUUCAUUGAGCUGGACCCCCUCCCCGGGGCUGUGGAAGCUGUCAAGCAAAUGGCAAGUUUGGCAGACACUGAUGUGUUCAUCUGCACGAGCCCCAUCAAGAAGUAUCGCUACUGCCCUUACGAGAAGUAUGCCUGGGUGGAGAAGCACUUUGGCCCUGAGUUCCUUGAGCAGAUCGUUUUGACACGAGACAAGACAGUGGUUUCUGCUGACCUGCUUAUAGAUGACAGACCUGAUAUAACAGGGGCUGAGCUGAACCCCAGCUGGGAGCAUGUGCUCUUCACAGCCUGCCACAACAAGCACCUGCAGCUGAAGCCCCCAAGACGCAGGCUGCAGUCCUGGACUGAUGACUGGAAGGCCAUUCUGGACAGCAAACGCCUGCCUCCCAGCCCAGCCACCUAAACACCAGCCUCCUACAGCCACCUGGGGCUAUGGCCACCUGCUCGUGUCCCCAUGGAGUCCUGCUGAAAGCUGGAACCACGAGUGGACAGACAGACAGACAGAUAGACAUUGUUCCUGCUGUAGGGAGGAAGAGGAAGAUGAGCUGAAGCACCAUGGCCACCCUGACCUGGAGAGCAGAACCCAGCCUGGCCAUUCCACAAGAGACCAGCAACAAGAUUGGACCUAUGGAUGUGGCAGCACAGCUGGGGGGCCUUUCCUUCUGGCUCCUGGGGCCUCUGUGCUGCAUCUGAACUCGCUGUGAGGCCAGCUCAGUGUUUCUGAUGGAUGAGGUCACCCUCAGUGUGCCACUGCCCUUGCCUGGGGCACUGGUGGCACAGACCAGCUCUCCUCUGCAUGACAGUGGCAUUCUCACAGGUGGUUUUGUCCUUGAAAAAAUUCCUAUCGAGGGGCUGUCUCAGGGCAUGGUUC